AUGAAGCAAUAUCUGAUGGAGGCCAUCCUGGGACCAAUGAUGGCUCUCGGGGUGUUUGGCAAUCUGAACGUCAUUGUGGCAGUCGCCCGGAAGAAGGUUUUGAGGACUAAAGGAGGUAAGGAAAUCGGCGGAUUUAGGGAGUCCAAAUUGGCGCUGAAUGUGAUUUUUAGCAAUGCUCGUCUUCGUCCUCGCGAUUUCCCAUUUGAUAUGUAAUCUUUCCGAGAUAAAAGUUCUCGUAAUGAGGUUCAGGUAAGUUGGCCUAAUUCGGGCAACAUCUAGCCAGUUCCCUCGUUCUUUUUUCUAGAUUUCAAACUAUGAAAGGAAGACAGUGCUUCGAGAGCAACAUCCCGUACUCUUUGGCCAUAAUGUUCCAAUCCGCACUUUUCCUCUCAAUGUCCCUGGAUUUAUGCUUCUGCAUUCUGUUACCUAUAAAGUGAGCCUUCGAAUUCAUCCUGACCUCUUAUAUUAUCCUUUCGCAGACAUAUGAUAUGGCCAAAGACCAGGUACAUUCUGAUAAUGUGCAUUAUGCCGACGUGCUUCUCCUCCAUAGUAUUCUGCCUGAAUUUCAUAUUCGUCAUGGACGAAGACGCUCCGUACUGUGCAUUUAUGCUGAGUGAGUCGAUGCUCUGAGUUGUCCGGUGCAUGUCUCGUCUUUUGUGGUUUUCUGUUGUAGUUCGGACAGCGAAUAAACAAGAGGAUUCAGCUAUGGACGACGGCGUUUUCGAGCUCAUUUCCUCCUCGGUCGUCGCGUGCAACAUCAUCACGCUGCUCAUCAGCUUUGUUUCCGUUUUGAUCGCUGUUAAGAAGUGUAAGCCUUUAAAAACUUGACUUUGUUAGCAAAAAGGGGAAACUUUUAGCUCAAGACAUGAGAAAUCACCGUCAUUCUCAGAACUCGAGAAGAAGUAGCACUGUGGAAGAGCGACGGAAAGUCAGUGGUUUUGUUUAAAAUGGUUUAGAAUAUUCUAUAAUUUCCAGGUUUUCCGUUCGACCUUCUACAUGAUGGCCAUCUACAUCUUCUCGUGGAUGACCUCCUCGCUCUGCUUCCGCAUUCUUCUCGCCGUGUUCGACGACGAAAAGGACUUCAUCGAGUACAUGCCCUACCUGACCAUCAUCACAAUGCCCAACUUCUGCCAAGCCUUCUUCGUCACCUACUUCCGCUCGCCCCGAUUCCGGAAAGCCUACCGUGAGCACUUUCACUGGCUCACUUGCGGAUGUCUCUACCCGGACAUUUUCGAGCAUCCGGAGCUGCGGGGCGGCGAGUCCGGCAGUCGACACGAUAGUGCCACAAACGCGCAAAUGACGUCAGAAGUGGAGCAGAAAUCAAAGGAGAAGAAGACUGUCAGAAUUCUCGAGAAUAAUGUCGUUUGA